UAAAAUCUAUAUUAAUCUAAUUUCCUCUUUGAAUACAUAUAAAGAUAAAUUUAUAUUGCUCGUUUUGUUAAUAAUUCCUCGCUUUGUCGUUUUCAGAAUCAUAUAAACUACAAGGGAAUAAAAGAAAAACAUCAAGUCAAAAUGAAGGCUUGGGUGAUAUGUUUGAUGGUAAUAAGCAUUUUCAUGAUGAUGGAGCCAACGCUAGCUGCUGGUGUGGGUAAAUUUUUAAAUCCAGGGGUGCUUGAUCCGUGUUUGCGUCCUAAUCCACCAGCAGGGUGUCAGGCCCCAGGAUCAGCUGGGAAACCUAAAGAGCGAGUUAAUGAGUAUAAAGCUGGAUGCUCCAAGCUUACCCGGUGCAACCGUGCCGGAUAAUCAUGAUUUCUUUCAUUAUUUUUAUGAGAAAUGUCGCAUUACAUUGUAAAUAUGCUCAUAACUUUUUCAACUAUAACAAUAAUUUGGUACAUACAAAAAAAUUAUAUAACAAUACUGAAUC